AUGUUGAAGUUUAUGAAGAACUUGAAGAUGACAAUCAUGCAUAUUGAAGAUUUGAUGAUCUUGAAAAGUGAAGCCAGGAAUGAUCUUGUAUGGAAGAACCGUGUGAGAAGUGUGAAAGAUGUGGUAACGUUUGCGAAAUCGAGUCUUGAUCAAUGGUUGAAUGCUCAAGGGAAGGGAAAUAUUCCCUCGUUGUCUCCUUUCAAAGUUGGAGACGGUUCGGAGCAGUGGGUUAAACCGGUCUCAGGCAUCAAACUCAACGUCGACGCGGCCAUCUUCGAUUCACUCCUCAAGCACGGGUACGGCUGUGUGAUCAGGGACCAUUCGGGCGGACUGGUUUCUGUCCUGGCAGGUGUCUUCUCCGGCUCUGUGGCUCCUGAAAUGGCCGAGAUUAUGGGCAUUCGGGAAGCGUUGAGCUGGCUAAAGGACCGGCCUUUCUCUCAAGCCGUUAUUGAAACGGAUAGCCUUGUUUGUGCUGAUGCGAUUAGGAGUGCAGAAGCCUUUGUUUCUGCGUUUGGGCUACUGGUAGAUAAUUGCAAAAAUCUUCUUAAUUGUUUGUCGAAUGUUUCUAUUGUUUUUGUUAAACGUUCAGCGAAUCGUGCUGCGCACUUUGUUGCCCGGCACUCAGUCUCUCUAGCUGAGCGUAUGUUCCCUAUUAACAGUGUUCCUUCAGACUUAUUGUCCAUUCUUGCGAGCGAUUGCUCGGUUUAA